UCACAGCAAACCAUCCAAAGAAAGUGGGCAGUAUGAGUAAGUUGCCUGGGAGUAUUGAGUAGUUUGUUGUGUACUCCCCGUGGAACCCAUUAAUUGGAGACAUUCGGGUUAGUCACUCACUCACGUUCUCUCCCUCCUGAAAUUACUCCUCUCCUAUAUAUACACAUACAGAGAGACUGCUGAGUCUUCCUUUAGUGUAGCACUGCAUGUCGGUCUCCUCCUAUAGGAUCGUUUACUCUUUCAUUCCCAAAUUCCAUCUUCCUCCUUAUCUCUCUUCUAGAACCUUCCUGCGCUCUCAUUCUCGUUCCUUCACAUUCACUACUUCCUCCUUGUUCUUCUCUCCACUCAUGCCAAACAGUCAGAGAAGGGGUGGUUAUAAUAAAGAAAAGAAAUGGCAAGUGAGGUCAAGUUCCAACAGGGCGUCAGGCUUGUCUUCAAGUGGUGAAGCUGUAUCUUCUGCAACUACAGAAGCCAUUACCAAUCGUCUAAAUACCUUGAAUAUUACUGAAAGCGGUGCACAGUCUAGUGGUCCAGUCGCAUCUCUUCAGUUUGGGAGCGUUGAUUUAGCACCCCAGUCACCUGUGCAGCAUCAAAAAGUCAUCUGGAAACCCAAAUCAUAUGGAACAGUAUCUGCCCCAACAGUGGAAGCUGAAAAACCACCAAAUGAACAAAAAAGGUUUGGACCUGGGACCUACGCUACGUGAACUUUGUGCUGCAAAUAGAUCAGAAACGCAGCAAAUAAAGGCACUUCUUCAGAGUGCUGGCACGGCUUUCUGCCCAAAUUAUUUGGACUGGUUUGGAGAUGACGAUUCUGGCUCACAUUCAAGAAAUGCUGAUCGAUCUGUUGUCUCAAAGUUCUUACAGUCACAUCCUGCUGAUUUUUCUACAAGAAAAUUACAGGAAAUGGUUCGUUUGAUGAGGGAAAAGCGCUUUCCUGCUGCUUUCAAGUGUCACUAUAACUUCCAUAAAAUUAAUGAUUUAUCGAGUGACAACCUGCCUUUCAAAAUGGUGAUCCAUGUAUAUAGUGAUUCAGGUUUUCGCCGGUACCAGAAAGAGAUGAGGCACAAACCAGGACUGUGGCCUUUGUAUCGAGGCUUUUUCAUUGACCUGGAUCUAUUCAAGGUCGAUGAGAAGAAAAGUGCUGAGAUGGUAGGAAGUAACAAUGAAAUGGUAAAAAAUGAGGAAGAGGACAGCAGUUUAGCUGAUGAAGAUGCAAAUCUGAUGGUCAAGUUGAAAUUCCUUACUUACAAGUUGAGAACUUUUUUGAUCCGUAAUGGCUUGUCGACUCUUUUCAAAGAAGGCCCUUCUGCAUAUAAGGCUUAUUACCUCAGGCAAAUGAAAAUUUGGAAUACUUCAGCAGCCAAGCAACGAGAACUCAGCAAGAUGCUUGAUGAAUGGGCAGUAUAUAUACGCAGAAAAUAUGGGAACAAACCAUUGUCAUCAUCCACAUACCUAAGUGAAGCGGAGCCCUUCCUUGAACAAUAUGCAAAGCGUAGCCCACAAAACCAGGCUUUGAUAGGAUCUGCUGGAAAUUUUGUCAAAGUUGAAGAUUUUAUGGCUGUUGUUGAAGGAGAAGAUGAAGAGGGUGAUCUCGAGUCCAUGAAAGAUAUUGCUCCUUCAAGCCCUAGUAUUACCACCAAAGACAUGGUUGCAAAGAAUGAGGGUCUCAUUGUUUUCUUUCCAGGAAUACCAGGCUGUGCUAAAUCUGCACUGUGUAAGGAAAUACUGAAUGCUCCAGGAGGGCUUGGAGAUGAUCGACCAGUUCAUAGUUUAAUGGGUGAUCUUAUCAAAGGUAGAUAUUGGCAAAAAGUUGCUGAUGAGUGUCGAAAAAAACCUUACUCGAUCAUGCUUGCAGACAAGAAUGCACCAAAUGAGGAAGUAUGGAGACAGAUUGAAAACAUGUGCCUAAGCACCAAAGCAUCUGCUAUCCCAGUUAUACCUGAAUCAGAAGGAACUGAAAUCAAUCCAUUCUCCAUUGAUGCACUUGCGGUUUUCAUAUUCCGAGUACUUCACCGUGUUAAUCAUCCGGGAAAUCUUGACAAGUCAUCACCAAAUGCUGGUUAUGUGAUGCUAAUGUUUUAUCACCUUUAUGAAGGAAAGAGCCGUCAGGAGUUCGAGAGUGAGCUUAUAGAACGUUUUGGCUCACUUGUCAAAAUGCCAAUACUGAAACCUGAAAGGUCUCCUCUUCCGGAUUCUGUGAGGUCUAUUAUUGAGGAGGGAAUCAAUUUGUACAAACUUCAUACUAACAAACAUGGAAGAUUGGAGUCUACAAAAGGGACUUACGUAAAAGAGUGGGUUAAAUGGGAGAAGCAAUUGAGGGAUAUUUUACUUGGAAAUUCGGACUAUCUCAAUUCAAUACAGGUUCCAUUUGAAUUUGCUGGUAAAGAAGUCAUUGACCAACUGAAAGCUAUUGCGAGGGGCAAAUAUUCAGCGCCUACUUCUGAGAAGAGGAAGCUAGGGUCUAUUGUGUUUGCUGCCAUCAGCCUGCCAGUUCCAGAAAUUCUAAGUCUUCUGAAUGAUCUAGCCCAAAAAGAUCCAAAGGUUGGCAAUUUCUUGAAGGACAAAAGCAUGGAGAGCUCCAUUCAGAAGGCCCAUUUGACCCUGGCUCACAAGAGAAGUCACGGUGUCGCUGCAGUUGCCAAUUAUGGUUCCUUUCUUCACCAAAAGGUGCCAGUAGACGUGGGUGCUUUGUUGUUCUCUGAUAAAUUGGCUGCACUAGAAGCUGAGCCUGGCUCUGUUGAAGGUGAAAAGGUCAAUUCUAAAAACCAAUGGCCACAUGUCACAUUAUGGACUGGGCAAGGAGUUGCAGCCAAAGAUGCCAAUACACUACCAGAGUUACUUUCCCAAGGGAAGGCUACCCGCGUUGAUAUAAAUCCACCGGUCACUAUAACUGGCACGCUCGAAUUUUUUUGAAUUCUAAUUGUGAUUCCUCAUGUUUUGUGGAUUUACAUAAUGUGAACCCAACAUGGGUUCUGAGUGAAUAUAAUGUAAUGAUUCUCCCAAGUUAAAGGAACAAUUUUGCAGGAUAGAAUUAGAUAUAGAGAAAAUGUAAAGAUGUUUUGGCAAUAAAGGUCUUGAGUGCUGUGGGUAAUUUUGAAAACCCCCGGUAGCAUUUCUAAUAAAACCGUUUCAUCCGUGUUUGAUA